AUGGAUUGGUUACGCAAAAUCGUAAGUGGAAAGAGAAGGAGGUUUCAAGAUAAUCACUUUGACCUAGACAUCACUUAUGUUACUCAUAGAAUAUUGGCUAUGUCUUUUCCUGCCUGUGGGGUAGAAUAAAUGUAUAGGAACAACAUAUCAGAGUGGGAGGAUCAUCAUUCCCCUGCAUUGCAUAUAUUAUUUGAAGCAUGUGAAAGCAUGUAUAGGUUCCUUAAAUAGGAUCCAUCGAAUGUAGUAGUAGUCCAUUGCAAUGCUGGGAAGGGUAGAACUGGUACACUAAUAAGUUGCUUCUUGAUUUACAGUGGAUUAUCAGACAAUGCUAAAGAUGCUAUGACUUAUUAUGGAUGGAAGAGAUUUAGUCAUGGUCGAGGAGUGACAUAGCCAUCUCAAAUUAGAUAUGUUUACUAUUUCGAAUAGGUUUAUAAGAAAUAAGUAAAGAGUCCAGUACUUAAAUAACCAAAGCAAAUUACUAUUCACACUAUUCCUUUAGUGUCUAAGAAAGGCCAUUGUAAACCAUAUAUCGAGAUUUUGAAUGGUACUGAUUUCUAAACAAUAUGGACUAAUAAAAAUUCUAAGAAUCUGGCCAAGUAUAAGUUCAAGGAGACUCAGUAUGAUUAUAAAUUUGAAUUUAUUUAUUACAGAAAGCAAUCAAUGACUACACUGAUAGAUGAUAAACUUAUGCUGAGCAGUGAUUUGUACUUCAGAAUAAAGCAUUUGGGUGGCAUUAAAAACAAAUUAAUCUGCCGCUUUGCUCUCAAUCCAGCCUUUAUCUUUGACAAUACCAUUUUUCUAACUAAGAAAACUGUAGAUCCAGAUAAAAUUUAGAGAAGUCCGAUGUAUAGUAAGGAUUUCAAGAUCGAAAUAUAAUUUGUGGAUGUUUGUAUUAAUUGCAAAUCAACCAACAUCAUUGAGAAGCAGUGUAACGAAUGCCUCUUUAUGAUGGGCCAGGACAAAGAAUAUUGGAAGUUUGGAAUGAGACAAAAACAUAUACGGAAGAGACUGAUACAGAUAAUGAUGAGAGUGAAAACUCAGACUAUCAUUAAACUGAGAAUUGUCUUGAUAAGCAUAUACCAAGAAGAUGUAAAGUCUUUUGGCUAAUUUAAUUCAGAAUCAUUUGAUGCAGCAACUCGUUUAAGAAGCACUAAGCUUGAAAGAUUGGAAUUCCUCACAGAGGGAGAUUUCUAGUAUGUAUAUGUAAAUGACGAUGAGGAUGAUGAAGAGGAAAUGAAAAUGCAUACUAAUCCAAGAAAUAGGAUAUCAACUAAGUUAAAAAUAAUAGGACCUGGAGAAAGCUUAAUCAAGGAUGAAUAGUUUGAAUUUUCUAAUCAAAGCACUCUUCUUAGCAGUAUUAAAAACUGUGAAGUUGAGUACGAACGAGGAAGAUAAUAUGCUGUGAGAUAAUUAAGUAGAUAAGAAAUCAUGCUAAAUGAUUAUUUAAAGGACAACACUCCCAUGAUAAAGUAACAAUCAAUGCUCGAAAAAAAAGACUCAGAUAAAUUUGAAGUUCCCCUCUAUAUACCUAUGCUCCAAAAGAAAUCAAAAUCUGCAAGUCAUAAGCAAGAUAAGUAUUACAAAAACAAAAGAAAGUAGCAAGGUCCUCAAACUAAAUAUAGGUAGAAGUUAGAAAUGAUGGUUAGGACAAGGAACGCCGUAUACUUCAAAUCAAAUAGUAAUCAAUUUCAUCGCUAGAUUACAAGGGAAAUCGAUUACGACUUGCAAAGAGUUAAAACAAUCACAUUCUAGGACUAGGAGGAUAUGUUCGAGUAGAAUCUAGCUAUUUAUUAAUAGCUCAGAGAAUGA